UGUAAGCCGGCCAUACACCCAAUAUCUGCAGUAUGGCAACGGCAGCUAAUCGAUUACUCUUCCUCCUUUGCACCACCAAUCUCCUCGUCCUCCUCAGCACCUCCGCCGCCGGCGCCACCACCGACCUCGACAUCCGGGUCGACCUCAUUCACGUCGAUGCCCAUCGAAAUCUAACUCUCUUGGAGCGACUGCAGAGAGCCAUUCAUCGAGGGAGCAAUCGAUUCAUGAGCCUGCGACAGGGCAGCACCAAAGGUAUCAACGGCACCGGCAUGAAUCAGAGCAACAUACAGAGCCCUGUCCACACCGGAAGCGGCGAGUUCUUGAUGAACCUCGCCAUCGGAACUCCUCCCUUGCCGUUCCUGGCCAUAGUCGACACCGGCAGCGACCUCAUCUGGACCCAGUGCUCCCCUUGCACCAACUGUUUCACUCAGUCCUCGCCAAUUUUUGAUCCCUCCAAUUCCUCAUCCUUCAGCAAGCUACCUUGCUCCAGCCCUCUGUGCAGUGCUCUUCCUUCGUCCACCUGCACUCCAGACUGCGCGUAUCUCUACACCUAUGGCGAUUCCUCGACGACCCAGGGAAUUCUCGGCUCGGAAACCUUCACCUUUGGCUCGGACAACAAAACCGUAUCGGUUGAUAAAAUUGGAUUUGGGUGCGGCGAGGACAACGAGGGGAACGGGUUCAAGCAAGCUGCGGGGCUAGUUGGGCUUGGACGAGGCCCGCUUUCGCUUAUCUCGCAAGUGGGUUCUUCCCUGUAUAAACAAUUCUCUUACUGCCUGACUUCAAUCGACGACGCGGACAUGAAAACGAGUCGCUUGAUAUUUGGCUCGGCCGCUGUUCCGAAGAAUCUGAACGACUCGAAAGUGGCCGUCACGACGCCGAUGGUGGUGAACGACGCGCACCCAUCUUUUUAUUACCUCGAGCUGAAGGGGAUCAGCGUCGGAGGCAAGCGUCUCCGGAUUCCGAGAUCGGUUUUCAGGUUGAAUCCUGACGGAACCGGCGGUCUCAUUAUCGACUCCGGCACGACCAUGACAUAUUUGGAAGCAGCAGCAUACAGGCAAAUGAGGAAGGCAUUCAUCAAGGGCAUAGACUUGCCGGUUGCCGACAGCUCUGCCGUCGGGCUUGAUCUUUGCUUCACAUCACCCUCCACGGCGAAGACGGUAGAGGUUCCGGCUCUAACCUUCCAUUUUCAGGGAGGCCAUCUGGAUUUACCAGGAAACAACUAUUUUAUUCUUGAUGACAGCACUGGAUUGUUUUGUUUAGCCAUGAUGCCUUCAUCAGGGAUGUCCAUCUUGGGCAACAUCCAACAGCAGAAUUUUCACAUCCUUUAUGAUCUUCACAAGAACAUGGUCACUUUCACGCCUGCACAAUGUGAUCAGUUGUGAAGCCAUAACAUUGUUGAUCUUGUAGAAUCGUUCACUGUUCAUGGGUCCAAUGGAAUGGUCUCCUUAUCUUGACGUUUCACAUGAAACGAGAUCUAAUGUAGCUUAGCUAAGAGUUCCAGAUCACAAAGAGCAAAAAUUGUCCUGCUAUAGCAAUCUUAAUUUUAAUCA